AUGGAUAGGCGCACUUUUGGACCUGCGGAUACUGUACAGUACAUUUGGACGACCCUGGGUCUUCCAAAAGAUGCGCUAGAGUCCCUGAAUCUUCCGACCGAGGCAGAAUACUGCCCUUCUUCAUUCAAGGUUGGGCACCUGGCUCAAGCCUCCAUCGCCUUAUCAGCUCUUUCUGCAGCCCUCGUCUGGUCGGCCCACCACGAAAAGCCAGUACCGAGUGUAACAGUAUCAGCAAAGCAUGCUUGUGCCGAAUUUAAAUCUGAACGCUUGUAUGUGCUCAACGGGAAAGCCGCGCCCUCCACUUUCGGCACGAUUGGUGGUCUACACAAGACUCGGGAUGGUCACAUCAGAAUGCAUGAUGGGUUUCGAAAUCACAGAGAGAUUGCUCUGCGAGUUCUAGGGCUGAGGGAAGGUGCAACGAGGGAGGAUGUCGCUCAAAAGAUGUUACAAUGGAAUUCGAUCGAUCUCGAGACCAAAGCGAUCAGGGAGGGUGCAGUGAUGGCAGCGCUUCGGUCUUUCCAAGAGUGGGACGCGCUCCCACAGUCGAGAGCAGUUGCUGAUCUACCUAUCCUAUUAGACAAGAUCGCAGAUGGAACAAGAGAUUCAACCAACAGCAGUCAAUCAACGCAAGCAACUAAGUGUCUCCAAGGCAUUCGCGUGGUUGAGAUGUCGCGCGUCAUUGCAGCUCCAGUAGCAGGAAAAACCUUGGCAGCACAUGGAGCGGACGUUGUGUGGAUUACCUCUCCUUCGUUGCCGGAUCUCCCAGACGUUGAUAUCGAUGUUUCGAGGGGAAAGCGGACGGUACAGUUGGAUAUCAAGCGCCCCACCGAUAAAAAGGAACUGUUAGAACUUCUACGUACAGCGGAUGUCUUCAUCCAGGGCUACCGACCAGGUAGUCUUGCUGCUCAAGGUCUAUCAAACAAGGAUCUCGUUGAAUUGAACCCGAACCUUAUCAUCGCAAGUCUGAGCGCGUACGGUCCAGACGGUCCUUGGUCACAACGCCGUGGCUUCGACUCCCUUGUGCAAACAUGUUCCGGUAUCAACGUUGCCGAUGCUGAGCGGUACGGGUCCAGUGAGACGGCUAUGGUGCUUCCAUGUCAAGCCCUAGAUCACGGCUCUGGCUAUCUAUUAGCCACAGGCGUCAUAGCGGCUUUAUAUAAACGAACGACUGAAGGUGGAGCUUAUGAGGUGAGAGUGUCCCUUGCAGGUGUGAUGCGAUACCUGCGUUCACUCGGUCAGUACGAAGGUAAAAGCGGAUUUGAUCGCAGGGAUAUCAAAGGACCUGAGGAAGCGGGCGAUUUUCUGGAGACAAGGCUGACGGAAUUUGGUGAGCUGAAGGCUGUCAAGCAUGCCGCCCAUAUCGAUGGAGUGGAGGUUGGGUGGGUGCACAUGCCAAAACCUUUGGGUCGCGAUAAUCCGGUUUGGCUACCUAGGUAG